AUGGAGAACGCCAAGUUAACCCGGGAGUUCAUGAGGAGAUACAAUAACCAUGAUCUACCAGGUGCCCGUGCAAUGCUGACCGACGACUACUUUACUGUCUUUCGGGAUCACGAAAUGACAUGGGACGACCUGAAGAGCGAAACACAAAAGAUCUCUGAUGCCUUUCCCGACUACAAGUUUCUCUUUGAACGACUCGAGGCACGCAGCGAUGGCGUUGUCAUCCUGCAUAACUUUGUCCCUUCCGGGACGCACACUGGGACACCCUAUGGUUUUGGACCCUGUCCCGAGAUUCCACCCACUGGAGUCCACGUGCAAAAUGAUCCCGAGGAGGUAAUACACUUUUACUUUCGCAAUGGAAAGAUAUGUCAAAAUGCCGUCUACACCGAUGGAGAGUUUGUGGGACCUGUAGGCAUUUAUACUCAGAUUGGUGGAUUCCCGUUUGCAUAG